AUGGUCGAGCUACAUACCGAUGAUUUAUCUUCUGAUGAUGCUCAUAAUGCACAAGCCGUAAUGCUGUUGUUUGAUAACGAAGCUAUGACUAUCUUAAGACGGAUACAAACGUUUAACGGCGUAAGAGUGUUUUUUGAAAUACUAGGAGCUGUGAGAGCCAUCCAUCGUGAUCAAGAGCAGGAAAAUCCAAAUACUGAAUUCACGACACCCCAAGCUGUCGGCGAAGUGGCGACAAGAAUCAUCAGUUCUGGGCCACUAUUAAGGCAAGUAUUCGUCAAUGCUCGUGAAUGCCUGACGAAUCCUGCUGCGUUCCCAGAUGUGAAGCAGUCGUUGAGCAGUCUUUUCCCCUUCAACAUUUUUGGGACCGAGCCAACACUGGAGGUGAAUAACAACAACACUGUGGAAAGAGUUACGGAUUCAAUGCUUGGAAUGCAAAAGAAGACAGGAAAGGACGAUGAGGAAAAGCAGAGUAAAGAGAAAGAGCAGUGA